CUUCCGGCCUUCGCUGGCGGUCAUUUUGGCUACUCCGUGGUCUGUUCUGGUUCGGAUGGAGGUACCUGUCCGAAAAGGCGCGAGAGUUGUGGUCUCCGCCGCAGAAACGCAGGUCUGAGUGUCCGCGACACAUUCCGAGUGAUCCGUGACAGUACCUUUGCCGCCGCCGCUCCCGCCCUGCCCCGCCCAGAGUCCGAUGGCGGCGGCCGAGCUAGGGCGCCCGGCUGAGAGUGUUGAGGCCGAGUCACGCCCAGACUGUCAGGUUGGGGGGUUGUACCUCCAUUCUGAGGACCCGGGCAGCCGUGGAUAACCAAGAAGAGAAGAGGAACACGGUCUGGUUUAGGCUUUUAUUUCUUUUUAUAGACAGUGUGACUCUGGAGGAUGUGGUUGUGUACUUCUCCUGGGAGGAAUGGGGUCUCCUCGAUGAGACUCAGAGACGCCUGUACUAUGAUGUGAUGCUGGAGAACUUGGCACUUAUAUCUUCGCUGGGUUGUUUGUGUGGCCUAGAGAUUGAGAAAGCACCUUCUGGACAGAUUGUUUCCUUGGAAAGAUUGCCACAAGUCAGGACUCCAAAGCUAGAUCUGUCAAUCCAGACGGCUCCUGUCUCUGAGAUGUGUGUUCCUGUCAUGGGAGAUAUUUUGUCCCCAGAUGAGUAUCAAGGAGCACUUACUGGGCAGAAAUUGAACCCAUGUGUGGCAUGUGGGAAACAGUUUUGUUUUAGUGAAAAUCUUCACCAACAUCAGGAGCACAGUGUAAUGAAACCCUACAGCAAGGACAUGGACGUGGCCUCUGUGAAGAGCUACAGAGGUCAUUUGUCAGAGAAGAAUUUCACCUUCGGGGAAAUUGGAGAGGACUUCUUUACUAGUGUGGGUCUUUUCCAGCGCCAGGCCAUUCCCAAAGCACUACUGAGUAUACAUAGCAGUAUUGGGUGUGGGGAGGUCUUUCACAGUGGAAAACGUCAUUAUAUGUGUGGUGCAUGUGGGAAAACUUUCCGCCGCAAACGUACACUUGUUCAGCACCAGAGAAUCCACACUGGAGAAGGACUGUAUGAGUGUAGUGAGUGUGGGAAAACCUUCAGCUACAAGCACUCAUUUGUUCAGCACAAGACAAUCCACACUGGAGAAAAGCCUUUUGAGUGCAGUGAAUGUGGGAAGGCCUUCAGGUUCAAAUAUAAACUUGUUGAGCACCAACGUAUUCACACUGGAGAAAGGCCUUAUGAGUGCAGUGACUGUGGGAAAGCUUUUGGAUUUAAAUCCAGACUUGUUCGGCAUCAGAGAAUUCACACUGGGGCAAAGCCUUAUGCAUGUGCUGAUUGUGGGAAACUCUUUAGAUACAGCUCUAGCCUAGUUCAGCACCGGAGGAUUCACACUGGAGAAAUGCCUUAUGAGUGCAGUGAAUGUCGGAAAUGCUUUAGACAAAACUCCAGCCUCAUUCAGCACCAGAAAUUUCACACUGGAGAAAGUCCUUAUGAGUGCAGUGAAUGUGGGAAAUCUUUUAAACACAGCUCCAGCCUCAUUCUACAUCGGAGAAUUCACACUGGAACAAGACUAUAUGAAUGCAGUGAAUGUGGGAAGUCUUUUAGCCAAAAUUAUAGCCUCAUUCAACACCAUAAACUCCAUAGUAGAGGAAGGCUUUAAGAGUGUACCCUCCAGGAGAAAGCCUUCAGCUUAUAGUCCACUCUGAUCCAACAGGAAAAACUUUACCACCCAGUUUUAUGAAUCCAGUGUGAGAAUUCCACAGAUGAUAAUGAACGGCAUGAGACUUUGAAGGCCUCUAUGAGGGGCCAUCUUGAGUUUCAAGAAUGUGAGUUUUCAGGAAUUGAAUUUUAUAUUCUGACCUGCUCAGGACCCUUGCUAGAAUGAUGCAAAUUUCUGUGGCAGAAGUCAUCUCACUUCUACCUCCUGGCAGGUUCCCACAGCAUGUAUCAGUCACCACAACAUGGUCAGAAAAGAAGGGCACAGUUUGACAACUGAUGGUGGCAUUUUACAUUCUUUGUGGCAUUGCUGGUCUUGUGUGAUAUUUUUGAUGGACUUUCUAUCCUUCCAAGACCAGCCUGGAAACUCUGCCUCACAUUGGCCUGGACUGUGCAAUAAUAAGUCCCAAUUGCUUAAGUCACCUUUAACCUUAAGAGUUAUAUUUGCUGUGUGGGGUAAGUUGAGAACAGAAUUGAUCUUUGCCAGUGUGAAGAGGACAGCUUUCUUGAGAUCUUCAGUAUGAUGUCAGAGAGUACCUCCUAGUACAAUUUUUGCCUAAUCUGUUAAUGAUAAAAUAAAAAUAAACAUUUGGUGUUUGUCCCCAGUUCCUGGCACAGAGGUUCUAAAACCCUUGGAAUCCCCUGAAUGAGAAGAGCAUCUUUGUAUGAUAAUGAAAUGACUCAAGGUAGGUGUCAAUAAAGAGCUUCAGGAAGGGCUCUUGCCCCCAGAUUUGAGGGUUAAAACUCUAGCCCUACCCCUUGGCCUGACGACACUGUGGAGGUGGAGAUUGAACUCAGUCACCAAUGGUCAGUGAUGCAUUCAACCUUGUCUAUUUGAUGACACCUUGAUAAAAACCUCUAAAUAAGAGCGGUUGUGCCCUGGCUGCUGUGAUUCAGUGGAUUGAGUGCCAGCCUGCAAACCUUAGGGUUGCCAGUUCAGUUCCCAGUCGGCAUAUGCCUGGGGUGCAGGCCCGGUAGGGGAUGCAUGCGAGGUAACCACACAUUGAUGUUUCUCUUGCUCUCUUUCUCCCUUCCCCCUCUUAAAAUUAAAUAAAUUUUUAAAAAGAGUUUGAGGAGCAGCUGAGUUGGUGAACACAUCCAACCAAGGGAGGGGUGUACCCUGACCCCACUGGGAUAGAGGCUGUUGCACUUGGGGAUUUUCCAAACCUCAUCCUAUGUAUCUUCUGGCUGUUGACUGUGUCUUUUAUAAGAAACUAAUCAUAAGUAUAGCAUUUUCCUGAAUUCUGUGAGUAAUUCUAACACAUUACUGUACCUCCAUGGCAGGGGCAGGUGGUAGUUUAUGGGAAUUCCAGAUUUGUAUUUGGCCUGGAAGAAGUGUGGGUCACCCAGGGACCCCAUUUAUACUUGGCACCUGAAGUGGAAGUAAUCUUGUGGAAAUGAGUCCUUUAUGUGUGGGAUCUGUGCUAACUCCAUAUAGUGUCAGAAUUGAAUUAAAUGGACUUGGAGAA